AUGGCUAAAAUCAGUGAAUUAUAUAUAAAUAAUAAUAAUAGAAAUCUAGAAUAGUAAGAAUAACGAGUAAAUAAUGAAAAUAGUCAAUAGAAUGACAAAUCAAUAAUAUCUUACGUGUGUACGAUUACAGGACUGUAUAAUAUUACAAAGUUUAUUCCCAUGACCGGCGAUUAGCGAAUCAAUCGUUGAACUUAACAUACACAUUUAUUCGGCACCCACGGACGACGAAUGUUAUACAAAAAGGAAAAACAAAUUUUUAUUAAAGGUUCCGUAUCGGCGGUCACGAACAACGUUGCCGUAAAUGUAUCCAAGUAUCAAAAGACGUUGCACGGUUUUGCCGUCAUUGACCGGCAAACAGUUCACGUAAUAGGUUCAGAAAACUCAGGGGAUAGUGCAACUGAUUUUCCGCAGUAUUGUCUUGACACGAAGACGGACGUUACCCAAAUACUCUGGUGUACACUUGGUUACAUUAAUUGUCUAGUAGUCACCUGUUCAGAAGGGCUGAUAGUUUACGACUGUGAUCAACAGUUUAAGCGCAUAUAUGCACAUAACUGCGAGGACAAAAAUAUGAAAGAGAAAUACGCAAGAGGGAUUGCCACAUUUGAGUGCACUUAUCUGUGUGUUGGUAAUAGUCAUGGAUCAAUUAGAGUGUUCGGACCAGACGAAGACGGAAAAGUAGUAUUUUUAGAUAGGAAACUGUUACAUGGGGCUCCUAUAACGGAUAUGUCAUCCCACAAACAUAAUCUUGUGUCUUGUGAUGAGUCCGGUUGUACAGUACUUUCACAGAUUGAUUGUGGCGAACUGAUGAUCAUUGCUCGAACAAAGGUUUUUGGAGGACAUCCAUGCACUACAACAGAAAUGACCAGAAUUGGAUUAAUGGCAGUGGGUUAUGGAUGUGGAACAAUUCGUAUGUUUGAUCCAACAGUUAAACUUAUAGAAGAAGAUGCAGAAGAUCAGCUUCCAAUGGUAGUUCAGAUGUCUGCACAUGCUAGAUGUGUUACAUCCAUGUCAGCAGCAAAAGAUGCAGAUUUGUUAUUGAGUGUAUCUGAAGACUCGUGGAUUAGAGUUUGGAAAAUCAGCUCUACAACAGUUAGCUUGUUGUAUUGUUAUAUGAAAGAAGAUACCAUGUUUAUGGGAUGCCAAUUCAUCACUAGAAAUGGAUCAAAAUUUUGCACCACAGCAUAUGACUCACCCUACAUAACAUGUUAUGCAUUAACCCAAUUGUAGGAUAUGUAACUUUAUUUUAAAAAAUAAACAAAUUUAAAU